AUGAGAUUGACGGAGAAACAACACACCAGCACAAGAUUAACGGGUUGCAGGGUGUCCGGCUCGAAGAGCACGAGUAGAGACGCGGCGGUUCUUAGUCAGUUUGAGCACUUGGAGUCAAACUGCUUUAAUUUUAACUCAACCCCCGAGUGGUGCACGCCCGGCGCGAGGUCGUGCGCCAGUCUGGUCGCUGACAACGAGAACGACGCGCGCCUCCUGGCCGACGUCGUGCGCGCGCGCCGCCUGCGCGCCCGCGUGCUGGCGCCCUGCCGCCUGGCGCCCCCGCAGCUCGCCGGCUGGCGCCGCCCGCCGCCGCGCGCCCUCUUGCUGUGCUCGCGCACGCCCCCGGCCAAACACUUCUCUCAACUUGCGUCUCCACCUUGUGAUACAACCAAAGACAUUUGCAUUUUUGAUCCGUAUCGCCUUAUGAAAAUUGUAAACGAACGCGAAUUACAGUCACCCAGUACCAUAAGUGUCCUGGGUCGACUGGAGUUAACGGAGACAGAGUUCAAUGAUUUUAUAAUUCGAUAUAGAACUACCGGGUCGACGUUGGCUAUCGCCGAAAUGCUCAAAGUACAUAGUAAAUGGACGGGCCCGCCCGGCGAGGCUCGCACGGCCGUCAUGCUGCCUAUGGGCACCAGUCGAGAAGCGUUCGAUUCGAAUGCCCUAAAGGCUGCUGCGUUACUAGCCGAGGAGGACUCUAAAGCGUCCGAAACGGUCAGCUUUAAAGUAGAACUACUGGACGACAAGUGCGCGUCGACCCUGGCGUUCAAAUACCUGACGGAUGCUUUGGGCGCCGAGUUCGGGGCGCUGUCGGGCGUGGCGGGCCCCGCGUGCGGCGCGGCCUUCGCGGACGUGGCGCGGCAGAGCCCCACGCUGGGCAUGCCCGUGCUGGCCUACACGCCGCAGGCGCCGCCGCCCGCGCCGGCCGCCGCCUGGGCGCUGCUGGCGGCGGGCGACGCGCGCCACUACUCGGCCGCCUGGGCCGCCUUCGCGGCGCACGUGGGCUGGCGCCGCGUGGCCGUGCUGAGCGAGCUGGCCACGCGCGCGGCGCUGGACGUGGCGGACCUGGCCGCCGACGUCCUCGUGCACGUCGAGCUGCCCGCCGACACCGACGACCUCGACCUGGACAAGAUUACACAGUGGGCAGGGCGCGCGGCGGCCGCGCACGCGCGCAUCCUGUACGUGUGCGCGGAGGACGCGCGCGUCGUGCGCGCGGCGCUGUGCGCGGGCCGGGCCGCCGGCCUGGCGCCGCCCGCCGUCUGGCUGCUGCCCGGCGCCCUGCCGCGCGCCUGGCUGCGGCCGCCCGCCUCCGACGCGCACAACUGCACGUACCAACAACUACGCGACAUGGCGGAGGGACACCUAAGCGUGGCGCCCGCCUGGUUGGCAGAUUGGGACGAGCGAAGCGACGCGUCCGCCGACAGCGAGGAGGGCGCCUGGCGUCGGCAGUGGCGCUCGCGAUGCUUGCGCUCGCGGGCGUGCGCGCGGGCCGAGGCGGCGUGCGAGGCGUGCGCGCGCGCGCCCGCGCAGGCCGCGCUGCUGUACGACGCGCUGCGCAUGUGGGGCGCGGCGCUGCGUCGCACGCUGCGGGCGCACCCCGCCGCGCUCGACAACCUGCACCACGGGACUGUCGCCAGAGCAUUAAUAGAGGACGUCACAACGUCGAGUUACAGCGGGCUCACGGGCAAGUUCGAAUGGAGCGAGGACGCCAGUGGAGCGCGCGUCCGACUGGCGCCCGUCGUAGUGCAGCAGUGGACCAACGGCACGCGUACGCGUCUGGGCGCCUGGAGCCGCGUCGCCGGGUACCGCGCCGGGCCCCGCGCGCCCCGCUGGCUCACGCCCGACGGCCGCGCGCCCGACGACGGCGCGCCGCACUGCGCGCUGCAGGCGCUGGCCGACGUGCUGCGCGCCGACUGCCGCGCCGCCGUGCUGGCGCUGGCCGCGCUGGCGCUGGCGACGCUGCUGGGCGCCAGCGCGGCCGCCGCCUGCCACUGCAAGCGCCGCGCCGAGCGCAAGUACCGCGCGCGACUGGCCGCGCUGGGACUGACGCGCCUCGACCCCAAGCCCGGCGGCCUGGACCGCUGGGAGAUCCCGCGCGAGCGCGUCGUUAUCAAUAGGAAGCUCGGCACGGGUGCCUUCGGCACCGUGUACGGCGGACACGCGCUGCUGGCGGAGGACCGCGGCUGGUCCGCGGUCGCCGUCAAGACGCUCAAGGCCGGCGCCACCACCGAGGAGAAACUCGACUUCUUAUCCGAAGCGGAGGCCAUGAAGCGCUUCGACCACAAGAACGUAGUGCGGCUGCUGGGGGUGGUGACGAAGACGGAGCCGGUGUGCACCGUGAUGGAGUUCAUGCUGUACGGCGACCUGAAGAACUACCUGCUGGCGCGGCGCCACCUGGCGACGGGCGCGGGCGCGGACGAGGUGUCGGCGGCGCGGCUGACGGGCAUGGCGCUGGACGCGGCGCGCGGGCUGUCGUACCUGGCGCAGCUGCGCUACGUGCACCGCGACGUGGCGGCGCGCAACUGCCUGGUGUCGGCGCAGCGCGUGGUGAAGCUGGCCGACUUCGGCAUGACGCGCCUGGUGUUCGAGCACGACUACUACCGCUUCAGCCGCAAGGGCAUGCUCCCGGUGCGCUGGAUGGCGCCGGAGAGUCUGGCGCUGGGCGUGUUCUCGCCGGCGUCCGACGUCUGGUCCUUCGGCGUGCUGCUGUACGAGAUCGUGACGUUCGGCUCGUUGCCGUUCCAGGGCCUGAGCAACGCCGAGGUGCUGGCGCGAGUCAAGGCCGGCCAUACGCUGGAGCUGCCGCCGGGCUUGAAGCCGCAACUGGAGGGACUCAUCAAGUCGUGCUGGCAGGCCGAGCACAAGGCGCGGCCCAGCGCCGCCGAGGUUGCCGCCUUCCUGGCCGACUCGCCGCGCCUGCUGGCGCCCUGCCUCGACCUGCCGCUGGACGCGCUGCCGCUGGACCUGGAGCCCUGGCAGCACGCGCGCGACCGCGCCGAGGCGCGCUGGGUGUCGUGGGGCGCGCCGGCGUCGGGCGCGACGGACACGACGUACCUGAGCGCGGACGCGCCGCCGGCCGACACCGACGCCUUCCUCUCGUGA